AGUGGGUCGCCCAGUUCGACCACAAGAACGUCCGUCUGACCGCCUCCGUCUACUUCGGCGACAUCAAGCUCCGCUCCAAGUCCACUGUCACCGAGCCGCGCCUUAAAGACAAGAAGCAGAACCUCCAGUCGAACCUGGGGGAGUAUGUGGACACUUACUCCAUAGAGUUCAAGGAGGACCUGGUCUUCACCAACCUGGACCCUUCCCAGUUCCACGGGGUCGACUUUGGGCCUGACAACCAACCGUACGCCAUUGUUAGGGCAAGCUACAGGGACAAGGGGGAGGAUGACAAAGCCACCAUCCCUGUGAACCUGGGAUGGGUGAAGAUCCCAGUGUAUCGGCAGGAGCUAUCCCAGGAUGCCUCGGGCGAGGGGGGACUCCCCAUGAGGGGGGCGCGCCCCCACUGGGACAUCAUCGAGGGCGAGCAGACCAUCACCGUCGUCCCCGGCAACGUCCCGGAGACCGCCGUCGGCAAGGUGCCAAGGUCGUUCACUGAUAAAGACGUGGUGAGAGAGGGGUCCAUGAUGUAUGCGACCCGUGUUUGACCCCAGCGCUGACCUGAAGGGGGAAGACAGCGACGCCGAAGAGGAAAGAAUGCCGCCCACACCACCUGUCCCCUCACCUGUCAUACCUCCACUGGAAAGCAUUCCGGAGGCAGACGAGGUGCCAGAAAUAAGCAUCCUGGAUGUAGAGGAAGCAGAAACAAGCACCCCGGAGGUAGAGGAGGCACCACAGAAAAGUCCUGAAGCUGAGGAAAACAGUGACGCUGAUGUGGUCCCAACCGCGGAGUCCGAACCGUUCGUCAUCUUUAACCCUGAUACUGCCGAGGACCAGCCUGUCGCUCCAGACAACUCUGGGGGCAUCGACCUCUACGUGGACCGGGUGCAGUUCAUCCCGGACAACGCCACCAUCAUCAAGGUGACAGGGCGGGUGAUGAAGUCGAACCUGGACAGCCUGCCCGACAUCGCAGCAUUCGCGGAGCUCGACAGCUCGGCGCGAAGUCCGCAGCUGGCGUACCGGCUCCCGCUCAACACCGACCCCGAAAACAGGAAGCCGAUGUCCCAUGAUACCCUGGUGCUGCUGCGUGUCUACACCGUGGACAAGGACUCGAAGACGCUGCUGGUGAUUGGCAGCUGUCUGUUCCCGCUCUUCAUGGAGGAAGACGGACAGACCAGGUUCAAUGUCGGAGGUCACCAGCUGAGGCUGCGGAGGGGGAUGCCAGACACCAAGAAGCCGCUGCUAGCUUCAUCUUUAGACAACGUCAUCCCCGUACCCGGGGCCUCGAUCCUGCUCCGGCUAAUGCCGCAUGGAGAGGAAAUGAUCCCAGCACCCCCGUACAAGAGUGGUUUCUACCACUCGGAUCAGAGCCGCCCCAACAUGUCGGAGAUGCGGAUCCUGCGGGACUUCCAGAGUGACACACUCUUCCCGCUGUCCGUACGCGAGGCCAUCCACCGCCUGCAAAUCGCGCAGGGCAUGCCGCCCGCCGAGGAAGAAUCAGACGCAGCCCUGGAGCAGUGGUACCGGGACAGGCUGGACGCUAAGAAGCACCUCCCCCCGCGAACCCCCGCCAGUCACAGCGACCUGCUGCGAGCCGUGCGGUACCACAUCCAGACUGGCAUCGGCAUCCAGGUCGAGCAGGCACAUGGGGUCAACGGUGAGGGCCUGUACGUGAACGUGUUUGCUCGCGUCUCCCCCGGCGCGGAAGCACGUGAGCUGGAGAACACGCCUGAAGGUUAUGGCGGGGAGGAUAAGAUCAUCAGCACCAAGCACGACUUCACCAGUCUGCAGAAGUCGCCCAAGUGGCUCGACCCGCCCUCCAUCAUCCACCCCCACCUGGAGCCGAACACCUGCCUGCUGAUCCAGGUGUUCGGGCUGGACGCUGUCUACACGCCGCAGGCGGACGGGACCGGCCCGGGAACGGUCACAGGGAAGCGCGGCCAGGAGGUCCGCCUCACCACCGAGUCCCAGCUGGGCUGGACAGCUGUGCCGCUCUUUGACAGGGGAUGCGUGAUGGCUGGGGUCCACAACGUCCCACUGUUCAUGGGGAUGCCCAGUACUGAAUUCCUGACGAACAUUGCCGUGAAGUCAGUAGAGUUGAGUAUGAAGGGUGUUGUGUAGAGCACUGUAUUGAUACUAAUUUGAGGAGAAACUUGUCUUCUGCAGGAAUUCCUGACGAACAUUGCCGUGAUUAGUCAGUAGAGUUGAGUAUGAAGGGUGUUGUGUAGAGUACUGUAUUGAUACUAAUUUGAGGAGAAACUUCUGUCCUGCAGGAAUUCCUGACCAACAUUGCCGUGAAGUCAGUAGAGUUGAGUAUGAAGGGUGUUGUGUACAGUACUGUAUUGAUACUAAUUUGAGGAGAAACUUGUCUCCUGCAGGAAUUCCUGACCAACAUUGCCGUGAAGUCAGUAGAGUUGAGUAUGAAGGGUGUUGUGUAGAGUACUGUAUUCAUAGGAAUUUGAGGAGAAACUUAGAGUUGAGUAUGAAGGGUGUUGUGUACAGUACUGUAUUCAUACUAAUUUGAGGAGAAACUUGUGUCCUGCAGGAAUUCCUGACGAACAUUGCCGUGAAGUCAGUAGAGUUGAGUAUGAAGGGUGUUGUGUACAGUACUGUAUUGAUGCUGAUUUGAGGAGAAACU